CCUGUAUGCUAGUAAGAUGUUACAGAAGUUUUAUUUCUUAUUUCCUAUUUGCCGAAAGUAUCGCAUCCUUCCUGGUGCGACCGGCUAUCCUUCUUGACCCUCGAAUCACAAGAGGUACGGUAACUGACAUAAAGCAGCAUCCUUAUCAAUUGUGCCUCCAGCGAGGUUCGCGGCACGCUUGUAAAGCCGUCAUCGUCAACAAUAAAUGGGUUGUCACGGCGGCUCAUUGCGUCAGUUUGUCGGCGAGCGUUUACAGACUUCACGCAGGAAGUAACGACAAAUACGAAGGGGGGGGGGGCACCUUUUAUCCAGUUAAAAAGAUCGUUCAACAUCCCGCCUACAAUUUCCUGGCGAUCGAUUACGAUAUUACCCUCCUCGAGAUCGACGGCGAAAUCGUAUUUAACGAUAGGGUGCAGCCAGUGAAGCUUCCGAAAAAGGAGCUCACGGAUGGUGUUAUGGUGAACGUUACCGGAUGGGGCGCGGUGGAGAAAGGUGGAAAAUUAUCACCAAUGUUAAUGACAGUAUCGCUUCCGAUUGUGCAAAAAAAUGUCUCAGGUAUAUAUAAAUACAUUCACCGCAUCACCGAUCGAAUGAUUUGUGAGGGUUACAUGUAUGGCGGCCAAGAUGCGUGUGAAGGCGAUUCGGGCGGGCCUCUUGUGGCGGAUGGUACUCUCUACGGAAUUGUAUCCUGGGGAUACAAAUGCGCUGAGCCGCUUUGUCCCGGUGUUUAUACAAAUGUUGCGGACCUUCUGUGGUGGAUCAGAUGGAUCAGUGGUAUUUGAGCUUUGACAAUUA